AUGGCAGACACUAGUUCUACCUCAUCUUCCAUACAAGAUUUUACAGGACACAAUCACAAACAAAGUUUUGACAAUGGUGAGCCUAAACUCACUUCUUACGAAUCGAAGAUGAACUACGAUGCAGAGUACGACGAUAACGAUGAAGAGAGUAGGAGACUCAACCUUGUAAAGACCAUUACAGCGUUAUCGCAAAAGGGCAACACCGAAAAAUUGGAUGACAUUUCGAGGGAAAUCUCAAGACAGGUCACCAAUAAGGAGGGUCAAUUCGAAUUGAGAAUGGAUGAGUUCAAUUUGAUGAGAAUAUUGUCCAACUUUGUUUACUUUGCCAAGAAACAAGGCAUUGCCUUGAGAAGCAGUGGUAUCACAUUUAAAGAUUUGUGCACAUAUGGUACUGAUGAAUCAUUUGCAGUUGUCCCAACAUGUCUUGAUUUGUUAAAAGGUCCCAUUGGAGGUAUACAACAGAUGGUUUCUAGUCUCAAAGCUCCACAUAAGAGCAUCUUGCACAAGUUGAAUGGCAUUGCUAAGCCAGGUGAAAUGGUUUUGGUUUUGGGUAGACCGGGUGCUGGUUGCACAACCUUUUUGAAAAGCAUCAGUGGAACCGAUCAUGACCUCUACAAAGGUGUCGAAGGUGAUAUUAGAUACGACGGCUUGUCACAAAAGGAGAUGAUCAAACAUUUCAAAAAUGAUUUGGUUUAUAACCCGGAGUUGGAUGUCCAUUUUCCUCACUUGACUGUUGACCAAACCUUGUCGUUUGCUAUUGGAUGUAAAACACCAAACGUAAGAAUUGAUGGUGUGUCUAGAGAACAGUUUGUGCAAGCAAAAAAGGAAAUCUUGGCCACUGUAUUUGGAUUAAGGCAUACGUAUCACACAAAAGUUGGUAAUGAGUUUGUUAGGGGUGUUUCUGGUGGUGAGAGGAAAAGAGUUUCCAUUGCCGAGGCAUUGGCCUGUAAUGGUACCAUUUAUUGCUGGGAUAAUGCAACUAGAGGGUUGGAUGCCUCAACCGCAUUGGAGUUUGCUCAAGCUAUCAAGACAUCAACAAAAGUGUUAAAGACAACGUCUUUUGUGUCUAUCUAUCAAGCUGGUGAAAACAUUUACGAGUGUUUUGAUAAAGUGACAGUGCUUUACCACGGUCGCCAAAUCUACUUUGGUCCAGCAAACAGAGCCAAGAAAUAUUUCGAGGAAAUGGGUUGGGCGUGUCCAGCAAGACAAACUACCCCUGAGUUUUUAACAGCAUUGACUGACCCUAUAGGGAGAUUUGCCAAAAAAGGAUGGGAAAACAAAGUUCCCCAAACAGCCGAGGAGUUUGAAAGCUACUGGUUGAAAUCCAAGGAGUAUCAAGCAUUGCUUGAUGAGAUUGACGAGUUUAACAACUCAAUCGACGUUGACGAAGUUAGAGCAGAGUACUACAAGUCAGUUCAUCAGGAAAAGAUGAAAGGUGCCAGAAAAACAAGUCCAUUCACUAUUUCAUAUUUUGAGCAACUCAGAUUAUGCGGAAAGAGAAGUAUUCAGAAAAUAUGGGGUGAUAAGGCGUAUACAGUAACACUUAUGGGAGCCGGUGUUUCUCAAGCAUUUGUUGCUGGUUCGCUUUACUACAAUACUCCAGAUGAUGUCUCGGGUGCUUUUUCGAGAGGUGGUGUCAUUUUCUUUGCUGUGUUAUUCAUGUCCUUGAUGGGGUUGGCAGAAAUCUCUGCGUCUUUUGCUAGUAGACCCAUUUUGAUGAAACAAAAAAACUAUUCAAUGUACCAUCCUUCGGCAGAUUCGCUUUCCAACUUUGUCACCUCGAUUCCAAUUAGUAUCCUUGUCAAUGUCUUCUUUGUCAUUAUUUUGUACUUUUUGUCGAACUUGGCUAGAGAAGCAGGCAAGUUUUUUAUUUGCUUUUUGUUUGUUGUGUUGCUACACCUCACAAUGGGAUCAAUGUUCCAAGCCAUUGCCGCUAUAAACAAAUCGGUUGCUGGAGCAAAUGCCUUGGGCGGUGUUUUCAUGUUGGCUUCAUUGAUGUAUUCAUCAUAUAUGAUUCAAAGACCAUCUAUGCAUCCAUGGUUCAAAUGGAUUUCAUACAUCAACCCAGUAUUGUAUGCAUUUGAAGCAAUUAUCGCAUCCGAAUUUCAUGGCCGUAAAAUGGAAUGUACGGGUAGCUAUCUUACACCCUCUGGUCCUGGAUAUGAGAAUUUGUCAGCUGGAGAACAAGUGUGUACUUUUAUCGGUUCAGUUGCGGGGCAAAACUGGGUAUUGGGAGAUGACUACUUGAGAAUAGCGUACACGUAUAGAUUCACACAUGUUUGGAGAAACUUGGGCAUUCUUAUUGGGUUUUUGGCAUUUUUUUUGGCAAUUACAUCGUUGGGAACUGAGUACAUCAAGCCAAUCACCGGUGGCGGUGACAAGCUUUUGUACUUGAAGGGAAAAGUGCCUCGUCACGUUAUUGAAGCUAAAAAGGAAGUGGAAGAAGACCUUGAGUAUGGUCCUGCAAUUGAGGAUAUCGAGGAUCGCGAACCAAAUGUUGAAAAAAAUGAUGAGGAUUUGAAAGUUCAAGAUAUUUUCAUUUGGAAGGAUGUUGACUAUGUGAUCCCAUAUGAUGGUAAACAGCGUAAAUUAUUGGACAAUGUGAGUGGCUACUGUAUUCCGGGUACAUUGACUGCAUUGAUGGGUGAGUCUGGUGCUGGUAAGACCACCUUGUUGAAUACUUUGGCACAAAGAAUCGAUUUCGGUACUAUUACUGGUGAUAUGUUGGUUAACGGAAAACCAUUGGACUUGUCUUUCAGUAGACGUACAGGAUAUGUGCAGCAACAAGAUAUUCACGUAUCUGAAGUCACAGUGAGAGAAUCAUUGCAAUUUGCAGCUAGGUUAAGACGUUCCAAAAAUGUUCCCGAUAAGGAGAAAAUGGAUUACGUUGAAAAGAUCAUUGAUGUUUUGGACAUGAGUGCUUAUGCGGAUGCCAUUGUUGGAAGAUCCGGUAACGGGUUGAAUGUUGAGCAAAGAAAGAAAUUGUCAAUCGGUGUCGAAUUGGUAGCUAAACCAUCAUUGUUGCUUUUCCUUGAUGAGCCAACCUCAGGGUUGGACUCUCAAUCAGCAUGGGCCAUUGUUAAGUUAUUGCGUGAAUUGGCCAAUGCCGGACAAUCUAUUUUGUGUACUAUCCACCAACCUUCAGCAACAUUAUUUGAAGAAUUUGAUAGAUUAUUAUUGUUGAGAAAGGGGGGUCAGACUGUUUACUUUGGCGACAUUGGAGAGAGGUCUAGAACCAUUUUGGACUAUUUUGAAAGAAACGGAGCAAGAAAGUGCCAAGAUAGUGAAAAUCCAGCGGAAUAUAUACUUGAAGCGAUUGGGGCUGGUGCGACUGCUGCUACUACAUCUGAUUGGUUCCAAGUUUGGUCCAACUCGCCGGAAAAGAUAGAGACUGAUAGGAAAAGAGAUGAAUUGAUUGAAUCAUUAAGAAGCAAACCAUCUGACCUUAGUAAAGAACAGGAGAAAGAGUUGAGUCACACAUAUGCAGCGCCAUACCUUUACCAAUUCCGUUGGGUUUUACAUAGAAACGCCUUGACAUUCUACCGUGAUCCCAACUAUAUCAUGGCCAAGAUUUUCCUUAUGGGAAUUUCAGGUUUGUUUAUUGGCUUUACCUUCUUUGGGUUGAAACAUACAAAGACAGGUUCCCAGAAUGGUAUGUUCUGCGCCUUUUUAUCAGUUGUUGUGUCAGCGCCAGUGAUUAAUCAAAUUCAAGAAAAGGCAAUUGGAGGUCGUGAUUUGUUUGAAGUUCGAGAGAAAUUGUCAAACACAUACCAUUGGUCUUUAUUGAUCUUGACCCAGAUUUUGAACGAGAUGCCUUACUUAAUGAUAGGUGCAGCCAUUAUGUUUGUUUCGCUUUACUUCCCAACUCAAGUCGAUACAGUUGCACUGCACUCGGGUAUGUUUUACUUUACACAAGGAAUUUUUUUGCAAGGGUUUGCUGUCUCAUUUGGUUUGAUGGUGUUGUACAUUGCCCCAGAUUUGGAGAGUGCAGCCGUCCUCGUCUCCUUCCUUUAUACGUUCAUUGUUGCAUUCAGUGGCGUUGUUCAACCCGUCCAGUUGAUGCCUGGAUUUUGGACUUUUAUGUACAAAGUCUCGCCAUACACCUAUUUUAUUCAAAACUUGGUGUCGUCGUUCUUGCACGGUAGGAAGAUUCAUUGUAACAAUAAGGAGCUUUCAUUUUUUGACCCACCAUCAGGACAAACAUGUGCAGAGUUUGCGGGAGAUUUCUUGAAGCGUGCUGGUGGGUAUCUUCAAGACCCCAAUGCUACAUCCGAUUGCGGCUACUGUUCGUACACCAACGCAGAUGAGUACUUGUUGACUAUUGGAGCCAAGUUCUCAUACAGAUGGAGAAACGUGGGGUUCUUCUUUGCAUACAUUUUCUUCAAUAUCAUCUUUUGCAUGGUGCUUUACUACUUGUUCCGUUUCAGUAAGAUUUCAAAUAAGAUGAAGGGUGCAUUUUCCAAAUUAAUCCCAAAGAAGAAGUAG